AUGGAUGACACGGCCCCAACGGCCCAGUACUGGGAUUUGGUGCACGGCAGGGGCCGCGUCGCCUACUUUAUCUCAACCCGAUAUUUACAAAAAAUACUUAAGCCAAUUUUGAGGCUGAGCGCCACGGACGCAGCAGCGCAGGUAUUGCUGGAAGGCGCACAUACAGCUGCCUUAACGGUGUAUGCCCCACGCAACAGCACGUCGCAGCAGCAAUCUCCGGAAGAGCAACAGAGGCGAUGUCGGCGUAUUGCGCAGCCUCUAGCCCCAGUGUCCCACACGCUUCUAGAGUUGAUGUGUGGCUCGCGUCCAACGCAUGUGCGUCUGCUGCACACGUGCGCAGUGUCGGGGUACGUGGGGGUCGACACCUCGCAGCGUGCGUUGCAUUUGGCCCGGGAAGCCUGCAAACUGCAAACGUUUACUGCAGCGGCCCAGAGCAGCAGAAAAUUAGUGUCAACAGCAACAAAAACAUCUGCAACAGAACCUGCAGUGGCAGCAGCAGCAAAGUGCGCUCAUGAGGGCCUUGGAAGUUGCAUGCUGUUGAGUCACGACUGUCGGAUGUUGAGUGAAGAGCUGCCACUGCUUCAGUCUCGGUUCAUUUUGCUUGUCGCUGGGCUAGACGACAUUAUCGCCCGCAGCACGACUGACAACACAGAUUCCCGAGGACCCUGUGAUGAGGCCGUCCUCCAAGUGCUACACUCUGCGGCAUUCGCUUUGCCUGUAGGAGGCACAUUGCUGCUCAUAGAGCCAACAAAACACUGUCCCGAGUUGCUUCUAAGCCUCUACAAAGCGCUGCAACACCCCGUGUUGUGCUGCCGUCUGCUGCUAUGCGAGAGAGCGGAGCUGGUUGGGCCCUCCCGUGAUGUUCUGUUACUGCGCCUCCGAAGACACGCGGAUGCUUCGAGGUGUAUUCGAGCUCUUGAGCAUCUGCACGCCAGCGAUAUUGCUAGACUAGCUGUAAGAAAGCCCUUUCGCUGCAGCCUCCAUGGAGCUCUGGAGGCGCCGCAGGCCGUUCAGCAUGCAGUGCCUCUGUAUUAUCGCCUGUCGCUCAUCCAACAAGCUGAAGAGAUGGCAUUUCUUCUCCUACAGGCAUGUAGAGAAGGCAACUUCCUCGCGACAACGAAGCUGCUUGCUUUGGGGGCAGACGUAAACCGCAGCAGCAAUGGCAGCAUCAGCGAGCCUCCUCUCCAUGCAGCAAUAACUGCAGGGGCUCCCGAUCUGGUAAACUUGCUGAUCCGCCAUGGAGCGCAACCAACUGAGAGCAUCCAGGGCGAUACUGCUUCUCUUGCUGCUGAAUUGCUGCUACAAGAGGCGGUUGAUGCAGGCCUCUGUCUUCCUGAGGAUUUAUGCUGUGCAAGCAGCAGCGACAUAUUAGCGGCCGGAAACGCUCACAAGGAAGCAGCGGUCCUAAGAAGCAUCCGAGUACUUUCUUGGGUGGAAGGCGAGAUAUGCAGGCUUAGUGGUGGGCCUCCCUGUGGCUGCUGCUGCACGGGAGAAGACUUCUUGCAGGCAGCAGCGGGGGUACCACCUGUCGCCUCCCUUAUUUGGCCAUUCGAAGACCCCUUAGAAGCUGCGCUGGGAGCGCACACUGCACCAGCUACAGAAGCUACAAUGCACUAG